ACUAAGCCUGACUUCUUAUCUACCGCCACGACUGAGUCCGAUGGCGGCCGACGUCGACCCGUACAGGCCAAAGGCAUUGGGUUCUAAUGCCCUCUACACGCCAACUUAUGUCCAGUCGCACCUCACCGUAUCCGACCCCGCUUCAUUAUACAAUGCACGCAUCAAAGGGCGCCACGUUCCUCUCGCCAACCCUGCCAAAGACCGUCCUCCCAAGUCAACCUCCAAGAAAUCGACGGGGAAGACUAGUGUGAGGAAAGCACUGGUCAGAGACAGAACUCGCAAAGGCGGAUGGCAGCUCGAGAAAGAGGCCGAGAGAUUUGACCUGUUCGUACCCCUUCACCGCCUUUGGGUGGAGUACAUGUCAGAAUUGCUGGGUCUCGCGUCCUCGUCGGAACAUCCGAGCAGGAUGCCCAACUCAGCCUCUAUGCAUCCCAAACUCGUCAAAGCAGAUCUACAUGGGUCGCUGUUGACAGUCCGUCAAAGCCGUAACCCGUGUCUCGUCGGUCUAUCUGGCAUCGUUCUGUACGAAAGCGAAAACGCAUUCCGGGUGAUCACGAAAAUAAACCAGGUGAAACUCAUCCCGAAACAAAACACCAUCUUUGUCCUUGCGAUUCCGCUCUAUUCGACACUCGAUGCGACCCAGAUCCCAUCUACAUCCAGACCUGCCGACGCGCAGACGCAAGCUCAAGCAUCGAUUCCGACCGUCCUCGAUGUUCCCCAUCUCGAGUUCGAGUUGUACGGUAACCAGUUCCGGUAUCGGUCUGCAGAACGUGCUGGACGGAAGUUUAAAGCGAAGGAGACGAUCGAGCUGUAG